GACUGUGGGGGUACAACAAUAAAGUUGAGUGUGAAGCCGUGGGCUGAACGACAUGUCCGAUCUCCCGACUCCGUUUAUUAACCGGUUAUAAGUGAGCCUCACACGAACCAAGAACGCUCGGUUACACUAAAUACCCUCCAAAAGAUGCUCGGCCCCGUCGUGUCGUUUUGCUUGAGUAUUGGCUGGAAGAAGGCACAUUAUGCAGAUUGCUCGGCGUCGGCGGAGGAGGGCUAGAGGCUGGGCCAGCGGAAUGCUACGUGUCUUGGAAGUCCCUUUUUAAAAAAAGCCUCCUCGUCUUCUUCGAUUCCCAACUCAUUUUUCGCUGGAGGUUACAACUCGUCUCCCUCGUCAUCCAGGCCCGUGCGUGCGUGAGUGUGUGAAGAGGUCCGAGUCCCGCGGUGUUGUACCGACCAGUCGCGCAAAAAUGUCCGGGGUGAAAAAGCUUCGUACGGAUCUCAACAGGUCGACCAAUGUGGUAUAUCAGGCCCACCAUGUCAGCCGCACCAAGAGGGGGCAGGUCGUGGGGACCAGGGGAGGCUUCAGGGGCUGCACCAUAUGGCUGACCGGUUUGUCAGGUGCCGGAAAGACUACCAUCAGUUUUGCCCUGGAAGAGUUUCUCGUGUCCCACGCUAUUCCCUGCUACUCGCUGGACGGAGACAACAUUCGCCAAGGCCUGAACAAGAAUCUGGGCUUCUCUGCCAUAGACCGCGAGGAGAACAUCCGCCGUAUUGCAGAGGUGGCCAGACUGUUUGCCGACGCUGGGCUGGUGUGCGUCACCAGUUUCAUUUCACCUUUCAGCAAGGAUCGUGAUGAGGCGAGGAAGAUCCAUGCAAGCGCCGGGCUCCCGUUUUUCGAGGUGUUUAUCCACGCUUCUCUUGAGGUGUGUGAGAGCAGGGACGUAAAAGGCCUUUACAAGAAGGCUCGCGCCGGAGAGAUCAAAGGUUUCACUGGUAUUGACUCAGAUUACGAGCGUCCUGAAGCACCAGAUCUUGUGCUGAAAACUGGAGAGCUCUCCGAGAACGAGUGCCUCCACCAGGUGUUGGAGCUGCUCAGGGAGCAGAACAUUGUACCAAGCGAGAUCAUGGAGGAGGUGAAUGAACUCUUUGUUACGGAGAACAAGCUGAAUCUUGCUGUGGCGGAUGCAAACACGCUUCCCACCAUCAGCAUCACCAAGUUGGAUCUACAGUGGGUGCAGGUCUUGUCAGAAGGCUGGGCUAGCCCUCUGAAGGGCUUCAUGAGGGAGAGAGAGUUCCUGCAGGUCUUACACUUUGGCAACCUGCUGGAUGGCGGGGCCAUCAACUUGUCUGUUCCCAUUGUCCUGCCUGUUAGCGCCGAGGCCAAGCAGGAGCUGGACGGCUGUGCGGCCGUGGCUCUGGAGUUCCAGGGUUCACGUGUGGCUAUUCUCAGGAACCCAGAGUUCUACCAACAUCGCAAGGAGGAACGCUGCGCCAGACAGUGGGGCACCACUUGUCCACAGCACCCUUAUAUUAAGAUGGUUAUGGAGGGAGGUGAUUGGCUGGUAGGUGGUGACCUGGAGGUGCUGGAGCGAAUCAAAUGGAACGAUGGACUUGACCAGUACCGCCUUACUCCACAGGAGCUCAAGCAGAAGUUCAAAGACAUUAAAGCAGAUGCGGUGUUUGCGUUCCAGCUGCGUAACCCGGUCCACAACGGUCACGCCCUACUGAUGCAGGACACCAAGCGCCGUCUGCUGGAGCGAGGCUACAGGAAUCCAGUCCUCCUGCUGCACCCCCUCGGCGGCUGGACCAAAGAUGACGAUGUGCCUCUGGACUGGCGGAUGAAGCAGCAUGCUGCUGUCCUGGAAGAGGGCAUCCUGGACCCGGCAAGCACCAUUGUUGCCAUCUUCCCCUCUCCUAUGAUGUACGCCGGACCCACAGAGGUUCAGUGGCACUGUAGAGCCAGAAUGAUCGCCGGAGCAAACUUCUACAUAGUUGGCAGGGACCCUGCAGGCAUGCCUCACCCGGAGACUAAGCAGGACCUGUAUGAGCCCACCCAUGGAAGCAAGGUCCUCACCAUGGCCCCGGGCCUCACCUCUGUGGAGAUCAUCCCCUUCAGGGUCGCUGCCUACAACAAGACUAAGAGGGCCAUGGACUUCUAUGACAAAGAGCGACAUGCUGAGUUUGAGUUUAUCUCUGGAACCAAGAUGAGGAACAUGGCUCGGAGUGGAGAAAACCCUCCAGAUGGUUUCAUGGCCCCCAAGGCCUGGAAGGUUUUGGUCGAGUACUACAACUCUCUGCAGAAGGACAAGUAAUCAACACAGCGCUUAGCUCACCAGGGAAAACCAUCGGUUCUUAAAGGAAGGGUACAAAUGCAACCAUCCCCACAGGAGUAUUUAGGUGUAUUCUUGUUUUAUCUUAUCCAAAAAUACUUAUUUAGAUUGCUAUCAAUAAUCAGUCUUUGCUAUAAAUAAUCAGUGAGUGUUUCUUCACCAUAUAGAAAUCACUUGUCUUUAACAGAUAUAGCAUUACAUUUUACAUUCCUGUAAAACAUAUAAAUCUAUUUGUAAAUGCAUAUUAAUUUAAGCGCUGUAUUUUAAUACAUUAAAGGUAGAUUGAGAUUAUUAUUAUUAUUUUAUAUUUUUUAAAUUUAGGAGCACAUCUAAAGACCGCGAAAUCAUUUGUGAUAUUUACAUGAAUUAGCUGAGGGAUGCAUGUCAUAAAAAUAAAAUUUGAUGGCAAUUAUAUCACUGUCUGUUGAGUCAUGUAUGGCCUAUGGUUGUUCAUUAACUCAUCCUGUUAAUGUUUCAUAUUAAUAUGAAAUUCAACUCAAGUUUUUUAAUAAUGUGAAAGUGCCUUUCUCUCAAAUGUUAACAUUAUAAAACAGAAAUUGUUCAAAUGUCUGGGAUUUGUGUGAUUUCAUGAAGUGCAAUUAUGUAAUAAAGACCUGCAGUUUUAGUGUGUUAAAUAAAGAUGCAGUAAUAAAGAUGCUUCUUUGUUAUUGAU